CAUAUACUCAGUUCAAGUAAAAGAUCAGUUUCAGAGUUCAGACUGAGGUGUUUUGAUGAUUAGAAUUCAAGCUCCAAGGAGAAGGGCCCAAGGCCACGGGUAUUGGAUAUAACAGAAGGUGGGAGCUGUACCUGACAUCCAGAGAAUGUGGACCGGAUAUAAGAUCUUGAUCUUAUCUUACUUUACUACAGAAAUUUGGAUGGAGAAGCAGUAUUUCUCCCAAAGAGAAGUUGACCUAGGAGCUUAUUUCGCUAGGAAUCACACCAUUUUGGAAGGUACUCGAUUCAAAAGAGCCAUUUACCAAGGGCAAUACUGUAGAAAUUUUGGUUGUUGUGAAGACAGAGAUGAUGGCUGUGUCACUCAGUUCUAUGAGGCGAAUGCAUUGUGUUACUGUGAUAAAUUCUGUGAAAGGGAAAAUUCUGAUUGCUGUCCUGAUUACAAAUCCUUUUGCCAUGAAGAGAAAGAAUGGCCUGCUCUCACACAGCGUUGGUACCCAGAAGGUUGCUUCAGAGAUGGUCAUCAUUAUGAUGAAGGAUCAGUAAUUAAAGAAAACUGCAACUCCUGCACAUGCUCAGGACAGCAGUGGAAAUGUUCCCAGCAUGUAUGCCUUGUUCAUCCAGAAUUAAUUGAAAACAUCAAUAAAGGAGACUAUGGAUGGACAGCACAGAACUACAGCCAAUUCUGGGGAAUGACUUUAGAAGAUGGUUUCAAAUUUCGCUUGGGCACCUUGCCACCUAGCCCUACGCUACUGAGCAUGAAUGAAAUGACAGCUUCUUUACCUGCAACAACUGAUCUUCCAGAGUUUUUUGUCGCUUCUUAUAAGUGGCCUGGUUGGACUCAUGGUCCGCUGGAUCAGAAAAAUUGUGCUGCAUCCUGGGCAUUUUCCACUGCAAGUGUGGCAGCUGACCGAAUAGCAAUUCAGUCUGAGGGCCGAUACACAGCCAAUCUGUCCCCUCAGAAUUUGAUCUCUUGCUGUCCCAAGAACCGUCAUGGAUGCAACAGUGGAAGCAUCGAUAGGGCUUGGUGGUACCUGAGAAAACGUGGACUGGUAUCCCAUGCAUGCUACCCUCUCUUCAAGGACCAAAAUGCUACCAAUAAUGGAUGUGCCAUGGCAAGUAGGUCUGAUGGCCGGGGAAAACGGCAUGCCACAAAGCCAUGUCCCAACAGCAUAGAGAAAUCUAACAGGAUCUACCAGUGUUCUCCUCCAUACAGAGUCUCUUCCAACGAAACCGAGAUAAUGAGAGAAAUCAUGCAAAAUGGACCAGUUCAAGCCAUAAUGCAGGUCCAUGAGGAUUUCUUCCAUUAUAAGACGGGGAUAUAUAGACAUGUUACCAGCACGAAUGAAGAAAACUAUCGAAAACUUCGGACACAUGCAGUCAAACUUGUUGGAUGGGGCACACUGAGAGGAGCACAAGGGCGGAAAGAAAAAUUUUGGAUUGCUGCCAAUUCCUGGGGAAAGUCAUGGGGAGAAAAUGGCUAUUUCAGGAUUCUUCGAGGAGUAAAUGAGUCUGACAUUGAAAAGCUGAUUAUCGCAGCUUGGGGCCAGCUGACAAGUUCAGAUGAACCAUAACAUGUCAUUAAAUUUCCCUAAGGCCAUGCAUUUUAGUAAACCUUUUAAGUUGAAGUUUAGCAAUGUGAAGUUUUCUGUGACAGUGGAAUCUUUGUCUCUUUGCCCUGUUAACACAAUGCACCUGUUUCCUUGUUUUACCCUGGGCUCUGUGCUGCCGCUCCCUUUAUAUGCCUUUAUAUGAAAACAC